UAAUCUAAACCUAUUUCCGCAAACGACAAAAAGACGAGUCCCCCUCUCAUUUCAUUUUCUCUGAGAAACAAACCAAAAGGAGAAAAAAAUGAGAGAGAUCCUCCACAUCCAAGGCGGCCAAUGUGGAAACCAGAUCGGCGCCAAGUUCUGGGAAGUCAUCUGCGGCGAGCACGGGAUCGACCACACCGGGCAGUACGUCGGCGACUCCCCUCUCCAGCUCGAGCGCAUCGACGUGUAUUUCAACGAGGCGAGCGGCGGGAAGUACGUCCCGCGCGCCGUCCUCAUGGAUCUGGAGCCCGGGACGAUGGAUUCGCUCAGAUCUGGGCCGUACGGUCAGAUCUUCAGGCCCGAUAACUUCGUCUUUGGCCAGUCCGGCGCCGGGAACAACUGGGCGAAAGGUCACUACACGGAGGGCGCUGAGCUGAUCGAUUCCGUGCUCGACGUCGUCAGGAAGGAAGCUGAGAACAGCGAUUGUCUCCAAGGUUUCCAGGUUUGUCAUUCGUUGGGUGGAGGAACUGGAUCUGGGAUGGGAACGCUUUUGAUCUCUAAGAUAAGAGAGGAGUAUCCUGACCGUAUGAUGAUGACCUUCUCUGUGUUUCCUUCUCCCAAGGUCUCUGACACCGUCGUUGAGCCCUACAAUGCAACUCUCUCUGUGCAUCAGCUCGUUGAGAACGCUGACGAGUGUAUGGUUUUGGACAAUGAGGCUCUCUACGAUAUCUGUUUCCGUACCCUCAAGCUCGCUAAUCCCACCUUUGGUGAUCUUAACCACCUCAUCUCGGCUACGAUGAGUGGUGUUACAUGCUGUCUUCGUUUCCCUGGUCAGCUAAACUCCGACCUUAGGAAGCUUGCUGUGAACUUGAUCCCUUUCCCGAGGCUCCACUUCUUCAUGGUUGGUUUCGCUCCAUUGACGUCGAGAGGUUCGCAGCAGUACAGUGCUUUGAGUGUCCCUGAGCUGACCCAGCAGAUGUGGGACGCGAAGAACAUGAUGUGCGCUGCUGACCCUCGCCACGGACGUUACUUAACCGCAUCCGCUGUGUUCCGUGGGAAGCUGAGCACUAAGGAGGUGGAUGAGCAGAUGAUGAACAUCCAGAACAAGAACUCGUCCUACUUUGUGGAGUGGAUCCCGAACAACGUCAAGUCCAGCGUCUGUGACAUUGCACCGACGGGUUUGAAAAUGGCGUCGACUUUCAUCGGGAACUCUACCUCGAUCCAGGAAAUGUUUAGGCGUGUGAGUGAGCAGUUCACAGCUAUGUUCAGGAGGAAGGCUUUCCUUCAUUGGUACACGGGAGAAGGCAUGGACGAGAUGGAGUUCACCGAGGCGGAGAGUAACAUGAAUGAUCUUGUUGCAGAGUAUCAGCAGUACCAGGAUGCGACAGCCGGUGAGGAGGAGUAUGAGGAGGAAGAAGAGGAGUACGAUGAGGCUUGAGAUGUCGUCAGUGGCUUCGUCUGAUUCAUAAGCUUUUAAAGAUUCUCUCCUUUUGUUUUGCUUUUUUCAGUUUGUGUGCUUUUGUUCGUGAAACCCAAAUUCGUUCUGGAUUGUUAAAACGUUUGCGUGUGUAUUGGUUUAUUGUUUUCGUCAAGUGAAAAAUAUUGCUUUUGUUCUUUCAA